AUGAGAGCCUUUACAUUUGUCCGCAGAUCGUCCUCGUUGAUCAGCACUGGCAAACUGGUGGAGACCCGUGCGUUGGUCAAUGGCAAGUUUAUCCACUUUGAAGGGUUUCCGGUGGUGAAUCCGGCCACCCAGGGCGAGAUUGCGUUCAUGAGCAAUACUCCGCUGGAAACCGUGAAAUCAGCAAUAUCAGCAGCAGCAGAGGCCUUUCGGGACUAUCGCACUGUUCCAGCUCAAGCCCGCGCACGGAUCCUUGAGAAUUGGUACAGACUCAUGAUUGAGCACGAAACAGACCUUGCCAGACUGGUUACUCUUGAAAACGGCAAGCCGUUGGCAGAUAGUCUGGGAGAAGUUCGCUAUGCGGCCAGUUUCUUCAAAUGGUUCUCCGAGGAGGCCGUCAGACAGUACGGAGAGACUAUCAGCUCUGCCACGCCGUCAAAUCGGAUGUACACCCAAUGGCAGCCGGUGGGGCCGGUGGGGAUCAUCACUCCCUGGAAUUUCCCUCUUGCCAUGAUCUCGAGGAAAUUGGCAGCAGCGCUGGCGGCAGGGUGCACAGCCGUGGUGAAGCCGGCAGCAGAGACCCCAUUGUCUGCAAUGGCCAUGGCGGUUUUGGGGGUCGAGGCCGGUGUGCCAGACGGAGUGGUCAACUAUACCCCAGUGGGGCACGAGAAAACGAAAAGCGUGGGGGAGCUUUUUUGCGAGUCACCGGAUUUGAAGAAAGUGUCGUUUACAGGGUCCACAAAUGUGGGGAAGAUCCUGAUGGGCCAGUCGGCGUCCACACUAAAACGGAUCUCGAUGGAGCUCGGCGGUAACGCUCCGUUUGUGGUUUUUGAAGACGCGGAUAUUGAUAAAGCGGUCGCAGGAGCUCUGAGUUGCAAGUUUAGGUCAUCUGGACAAACUUGUGUCUGUGCAAACAGACUGUUCGUCCAUGACAGUAUCUACAACGAGUUUCUGUUCAAAUUGUCCAAAGCCCUCGAUACAAACACCCGUCUUGGUCCCGGAUUGGACCCAACAGUCACUCACGGCCCGCUUAUUCAUGGACGAGCCAUUUCGAAGGUGGAGCAAUUGGUUGAAGAUGCUACGUCUAAAGGAGCAACAGUUGUUCGGGGAGGUCAGAGAAGAAACGAUUUGGGAGCAUUGUUUUACGAGCUGACACUGCUGAGCGACGUGACUCCCAAAAUGGAGAUCUUUCACACCGAAGCGUUUGGUCCUGUUGCGCCUAUAAUCCGGUUCAAGUCGGUGGACGAGGUCAUGGAGCUUGCCAAUGAUACCAGAGUGGGGCUUGCUGCGUACUUUUACACGGAGAAUAACUCAAAGGCUUGGACUGUUGCGGAGAAGUUGCAGGCAGGUAUGGUGGGGGUGAACACAGGACUCAUUUCUGAAGCUGCGCUUCCCUUUGGAGGUGUGGGCGAGAGUGGGUUUGGCAGAGAGGGAAGCAAGUAUGGACUUGCAGAGUACUCGGACCUGAAGACCGUUGUGGUCGGGCUGUAG